AUGGUUGCUGUUGUAGUUUCUACUCCACCUGCACAGUCAUCCAAUGGUGGAGGACAUAUGGGUAGAAGUCGUCUUAGAGGGGGAGGCCAAGCCCGUUGUUACGCUUUUUCGGGUAGGACUGAGGUUGUUGCAUCAAAUGUUGUCAUUACAGGUAUUGUUCCAGAGUUACUUGACAAGGGUUUCAUCAGACCGAGUGUUUCACCUUGGGGUGCUCCAAUUCUAUUUGUGAUGAAGAAGAAGGACGACUCUAUGCGGAUGUUUAUUGAUUAUAGGCAGCUGAACAAGGUUAUAUUCAAGAAAACGUAUCCGCUACCGCUUAUUGAUAAUUUAUCUGAUCAACUUCAUGGUUCUCGGGUAUUCUACAAGAUUGAUUUGAGAUCGGGAUACCAUCUGUUGACAUUUCGGAAUUCAGAUAUUCGGAAGAUGGCAUUCAGGACUCGCUGUGGUCACUAUCAAUUUUUAAUGAUAUCAUUUAGGCCGACCAAUGCCCUAAUAGCCUUUAUACACUUGAUGAACAAUGUAUUCAAGCCGUAUCGUGAUUCAGUUGUCAUCAUGUUCAUUGAUGACAUAUUGGUGUAUUCUCGCAGCCGAAAUGAUCAUAAGCAACAUUUGAGGAUCGUGCUCCAGACCUUGAGGGAGAUGAAGUUGUUUGCUAAAUUCUUCAAGUGUGAGUUUUUUUUAUACGGUGGCAUUUUUUGUCCAGAUGGUGUUUAG